CACUAACGUGCUUAAUAACGUGCUUAAUAACGUGCUCAAAAAUAAGCAAAGAAAAUAGAUUACAACUCAAGAAAUGUAUUUUAUCUGUCAAAAAUUAUGGCUGCCAGAAUAUUUUGAAACUUCAGGUUUCCAACUCUAUAGGCCUACGUAGUAUAUACAGUGGCGCAAUAUACCCAGACGUUGGCGUAAGUGCUAUUAGUAUGGGGACUGUUGCGAACAACCCGCUGGUAUCUAUAAUCACACCAAUUUACAACGGUGAGCAGUUUGUGAAUUCGUGCAUUCAGUCCGUUUUAGACCAAACACACAGAGGACCAUUGGAACUAUGUAUAUUUAACGAUGGAAGUACGGAUUCUUCUAUGGAAAAAGUAAACAGUUUUUCAAAAAAAUUAAAAUCAAGAAAUAUUAGUCUAAGCAUUAGCAGCCUUUUUAAUACGCCUAAAGACAUUGAUGAUGUAAUGCAUCCAGACAGAAUAAAAGACCAAUUAACUGCAGCUCUUUCAUUGCCACCUUUAACAUUAAUUGGCUGUCAGGUUAUCAGAGAACCAGAAGAUGCAACUGUUCGAUACACACGUUGGAUAAACACCAUCAGUUCAUCUCAGCUGUACACACAAAUCUAUACAUCACAUGGGCCAACUGUUGUCAUGCCUACCUGGUUCUGCCAUAAAUCCGUAUUUAAUUUAGUUGGGGGCUUUAGUGAGGAAGGAAAGGGUGUUCCGGAGGAUUAUAUUUUCUUUUUGCGAUUUCUGGAAUUAAAAGGGAAAUUGCAUAGAGUAGACAGACCACUUUUAACUUACCGCCACCAUUCUGGUGCAACUACAUUUUCUAUAUCGGAGACUACAUUAUGGGAUUUGCGGAUCAAAGAAUUGCAGAAAAAUGUUCUUUGCAAGUGGCCUCAGUUUACCAUUUGGAAUGCUGGAAAACAAGGCAGGAGAUUUUACAGAGAUUUGAGCAGAGAGAACAAAGAAAAGGUUCAUUGUUUUUGUGAUGUUGACACCAAAAAAAUUUCCAAAGGAGUGUACAUUUAUGAACUAUCUACCGAGCAGAAAAAACCAAGAAUUCCAAUUGUUCAUUUUAAGGAUGCCAGUAAACCUUUCGUUAUAUGUGUUAAACUUGAUUUAACUGAUGGUGUGUUUGAAAUGAACCUUAAAUCGCUAAACUUGGUCGAGGGGGUAGAUUAUGUUCAUUUCAGUUGACAUAAUACCUGUGAUCACGUGUUAGAUAUGAAUUUUAUACAAACCGCUUUCCGAAUAUUUCUAUAAAUGACAUCAAUUAAUAUGCACUUACCCAUUUCAGAUCUGUUAUUUUAAUAGUGUUACCCUGUAAACACAUUGCUUGUAAAUAACAAUGCAUCGGAAGGCAUGAAAGAGCAAAAGUGUAUAGUUGUACAACUGUCGCUAUGACUAAUCCAGUGGAAAUAUGUGCAUUGCACAAAAAGAAGAGAAGUGAUCAUAUCUGUUACAUGGACUUCCAAUUGAAAUUUGAAGGUGAUUCUGUAUCCAGUGAAGAGGGAAAAAUGAGAGCUGUUUUAUACUCUGCAAUGAUGACCUUACAUGGAAUGGUUGGGUUAGGUCAUGACCCAGAUUUAAAGUACUUUGAUCCCGACUCCGGCAGAGGUAUAAUUGCAAUUAACUCAAUGUAUGCCUCAAAAUUGUGGACAGCUUUAACACUGAAAGGCGAUGUCGAUGGUAAAAAAUGCUGUAUCACUGUACUGGACAUUAAAGAUGAAAUGGACAGUUUGAAAGAUACAACACAGUGUGUAUGAUAUCUUCUGGUUACUGGUUGCAAUACAGGAUAUUCUAAAAUCAUAAUUUUAUUUAGGCAACUGAAAAAAUUUGCAAUCGUUAAAAGAUAGGCUUUUACUUAUGAUUUUUGUUGUUGUUUUGCGCAAUAGAAUUUGCUAGGUUUAUUGUAUGUGCGAUGUCACGUUGAACCAUUAACAUUGCUUCCUUGGUUGCAGCUUCAUAAAAUACUUGCCACCAUU